AUGCAGUUGCAAUUGGGAGAUGGAACUAGAACACUAUUUUGGGAUGAUGUAUGGAUGAAAGGCGGGAAGCUUAGUGAAAGAUUUCCAAACCUCCACAGGGCAGCAGCUGAUAAGGCAUGCACCAUCAGUGAUUGUGGUUUCUGGGAUGGGUAUGUAUGGAGAUGGGGUUUGCAAUGGAGGAGAGCCUUGUGGUCAUGGGAAGAGCAAGAGCUAACUGAGCUACAAUCAAGCCUAGCAAAGGUGGGGAUUCGACAAAGCGAAGUGGACAAGCUGGUGUGGAAGCAUGAUAAGGAAGAAAAAGUGAAUACCAAAGACAGAUUAGUUAGGUGUGAAAUCUUACCAACAUCAGAAAUUACCUGUGUUAUCUGCGGCAAGGCACCAGAAUCUGUUCAUCAUCUGUUUUUCACAUGCGAAUAUGCAUGGAAGCUGUGGGGUUCGGCUCUUAGGUUCUGGAAUAUACAUUGGGUUUGGGCAGGUGAUCCUAGACAAUGUUUUGAGUCAUGGAUAUAUGGAACUAAUAGGAAGGGUGCAAAAGAAGACUGGAUGACAACCUUCUUUGCUGUGAUUUGGUCCCUGUGGAAACAUAGAAAUGCUGUUAUCUUCAAGAAGAAUGAGUUGAAUUUUUCUCUAUUAGAACAAGAGGUAUCGUGCUUGGUGUUAGCUUGGUCAAGGGACAGAAGGUUUCGAAGAACAGGAGUAGGAUAA